AUGCGUUCACAUUUAGCACGCUGGCUGCUGCCGCUUCUCUUCGUUGCCGCUGCCCAAGCGCAGGGCACCAAGUACGGCCUGUGGACGCCAGAUCGCGCCCACGCCGACACACAGCCCAUACAGUGGACGGGCGGACAGUUUGAGUUUCCCUGCGCCAGCACCAAGUCGCUCUUCAAGAGCUCCGGCAAGUACAUAGCCAAGAACGUGAUUGCAACGCGUGCCCAGCUCAUUGGCGAUACCAUCUACUUGGCGCUGCCGCGUUAUCGCAAGGGCGUGCCAGCCACACUGGUCAAGUCCACAGUGCAGCCAGGCACUUGUUCCACGACCUUCAAGCCCUAUCCUUGCUGGGAUAUGCAGGAGGAGGGCAACUGCAAGGCCUUGCAGUCGGUGGUGGAUCUCGUAGUGGAUCAGAAUGAGGUGCUCUGGGUGCUGGACACGGGCAUAGUCAACACGCUGGAGACACCAGUGCGCAAAUGUCCGCCGAAGGUGGUCGCCAUGUCCGUUAAGACCGGCAAGGUGCUGAAGACAGUCUCGCUGGAGGGUCUCACCUCGAGCAGCUCGCGUCUGCAGUAUCUGGUGGUGGACUAUGCGCCUGAUGGCGGCUGCUUUAUCUACGUCAGCGAUGCGGCCAAUCGCGCCAUCAUCGUCUAUAAUCUGCAAGCGGAUCGCGGCUUCCGUGUGGUGCUGCCCAAGGCUGUAUCCGCUGGCUGUCGCUCCCGUGAUGUGCUCUACAUAGCGCUCAUACGCCGUGACUGCGGCUCCACGGAACUCUACUUCACCUACCUAAGCACCAGCAAGCUGUUCUCGUUGAAAUCCGAGUAUUUGCGCAGCGGCGUGGCCGAUGGACGCAUUUUAGAUUUGGGUAAAAAACCAAGCCGCAUGGUCAUCAUUGGUACGGACAAUGGAUCGGCCAUAUUUUUCCGGAAUGAGGGCGAUGCGGAAGUGUAUCGCUGGGACACAAAUUCCACGUUCGCCGAGGCCAACUUCAAGCCCGUGUACCGCAGCCAAACAUGCCAGCUGGUCACGCAUGCUGUGCCCGAUUACAAGCGCAACACGAUGCGGGUGCUGCAAAGCAAUUUUCCGGAUUAUAUGCAAAAUCGCAUAGGAUGCGGUGCCAUACAGCAGCUUAACCAUAUGCAAGGCUGUUGGUAGGCAACUAUAACAGCAACAACAACAACACGUACACAUACAGACACAA